AUGUAUCCAAGAGGAAGCAGUAAAUUAGGCCUAGCUGUAUCUAUUGUUAUUUUAUCGUAUAUAUUUCAACAAUGUAUAAUACAUGCACAACCUGUCACUAAAGAUGAUGACGAAUAUCAAGAAUAUCAAGAAUAUCGUGAAGCGCCGAAACGAGGAAUACUCUGUAAUAUAUUGGAUCUAAUAUCAUUAGCACCAAAGCAUGUUCAUGGACUGAUAAGAACAGACUCGCUGAGAACGCUAUUUUGCCACCAAAAGCACCAUUUUAAACCGUUUCAUCCGCAUCGACCACAUCAUCAACAUAGUCCAUACAAUCCCACACACCAUGAACCUACAGCAACAACGAAUCAAAAGACAGAGACCACAGUAACGUAUGCAACAAAGCCUACAUAUGCUGCACAAGAAACAACGCUCGGAAAUGACAACAUUCAAACACACGCUACGGAGUCCACGGCUUCAGAUGUAACAAAUCAUGAAACAUAUGUGCCUAAAACUACCAAUUCACAAAACACAAAGUUUACAACAACUGCGACAACAUAUAAACAACAUGUCACAGAAAUGACAAAAAAGCCAACUAUUACUACAGGAACCAGUGUCACGCAUGCUAUCAAAAUAACCGAAACCGAUAAUACUCACAAACCAACAAAUGCACCUCAUACCACUGACACGCAUGCCUCUGAGCCAACUACAACAGAUGCAACGCACGAUCAAACUUUUGCACCAGAGUCUACUGUCACACAAGCUGCCGAGCCAACCGAAACAGAUAUAACUCACAAGCCUACGUUUAUACCAGAAACCACCGUGACUGAUACUGCCAAUCCAACUGCAGCACAUGCCAUGCACAAAUCGACAUUCGCAUCAGAGACCACUAUAACGCACGCAACUAAAACAACAGCAACUGAUGCUACGCACAAGCCAACGCAUGCACCACACACUACUGUGACGCAUGCUACUAAACCAACAGCAACUGAUGCUACGCACAAGCCAACGCAUCCAACGCAUGCACCGGAGACCACUUUGACGCAUGCUACUAAACCAACAGCAACUGAUGCUACGCACAAGCCAACUAUUGCUCCAGAGACCACUGUGACGCACGCAACUAAGCCAACAGCAAUUGAUGCUACGCACAAACCAACGCAUGCACCGGAGACGGCUAUGACGCAUGCUACUAAGCCAAAAGCAACCGAUGCUACGCAAAAGCCAACGCAUGCAACACACUCUACCGUCACGCAUGCAACUAAGCCAACAGCAACCGAAGCUACGCACAAGCCAACGCAUGCACCACAUACUACCGUCACGCAUGCAACUAAGCCAACAGCAACAACUGAUGCUACGCACAAGCCAACUAUUGCUCCAGAGACCACUGUGACGCACGCAACUAAGCCAACAGCAAUUGAUGCUACGCACAAACCAACGCAUGCACCGGAGACGGCUAUGACGCAUGCUACUAAGCCAAAAGCAACCGAUGCUACGCAAAAGCCAACGCAUGCAACACACUCUACCGUCACGCAUGCAACUAAGCCAACAGCAACCGAAGCUACGCACAAGCCAACGCAUGCACCACAUACUACCGUCACGCAUGCAACUAAGCCAACAGCAACAACUGAUGCUACGCACAAGCCAACGCAUGCACCACACACUACUGUAACGCACGCAACUAAGCCAACAGCAAGUGACUCUACGCACAAGUCAACGCAUGCACCACACACUACUGUAACGCACGCAACUAAGCCAACAGCAAGUGACUCUACGCAAAAGCCAACGCAAGCACCGGAGACCACUGUGACGCAUGCAACUAAACCAACAGCAACUGAUGCUACGCACAAGCCAACUUUUGCUCCAGAGACCACUGUGACGCGCGCAACUAAGCCAUCAGCAACUGACUCUACGCAAAAUCCGACGCAUGCACCGGAGACCACUGUGACGCAUGCAACUAAACCAACACCAAAUGACUUUACGCAAAAGCCAACGCAUACACUACAUACUACCGUCACGCAUGCAAUUAAGCCAACAGCAAGUGAUGCAACGCACAAGCCAACGCAAGCACCACACACUACCGUCACGCAUGCAACCAAAACAACAGCAACUGAUGCUACGCACAAGCCAACGCAUGCACCGGAGACUUCCGUCACGCAUGCAACUAAACCAACAGCAACUGAUGCUACGAAUAAGCCAACUUUUGCUCCAGAGACCACUCAACUGAUGCUACGCACAAGCCAACUUUUGCUCCAGAGACCACUGUGA